AGGUAGGUAGGUGGAUAGGUAGGUAGGGGUAGGUAACCCAGCAAGUGGCCAGAGGUGAGAGAGUAGGAUAGUCGGUGGUAUAGAGACAAGGGGGAUGAAGGUGCUCACGGAGGAAAGGGUGUAAUGAAGCUGCGCGGGAGAGGUGGACGGUGGAGAGAGGAGGUCGAUGAGGAAGGGGAGGGAGGGGGCGAAGAACGGGCCAUGGGCGGGAGAGAGAGAGAGAGAGAGAAAGAGAGAGGGUGUGGGAAGGCGAGAAGCGAGCCGGAGGAGAGAGACAGAGAGAGAGCGAGGCGAUAGGGGUUGAGAGAGGGAAACAGAGAGGAGUAUGUGACGCUCGGAAUUCUGGUGGGAGCGCGAACCGGGGUGGGGGAGAGGACGAGUGGCGCGAAGAGAGAGGGGUGUAAAGAGGGGUUUGAACGAAGGGACAGAGCCAUAAGAGGGUUGAUGGUGGCCCGGGUUGGCCUCAGUAGCACAGUCGCGCGCCAAACUCUCGAAGGAAAGCACGUACUCGGUUCAACGCGCUUCCGCACCUUCCUUCCAACUACAUCUCUUCUUUUUUUCUUCUCUCCCCCCGUUCCCUCUUCUCGCUCUCGCCACCCACGCUCUCUCGCUCUCCCUCUCGACCUUCCGCUCAACCGCUAUCCCGCGAUACGUACCCGCGAUCCCCGUCUUAUCUUUUUUCACCGCUUUUUUUUCUCUUUCUUCUUUCUUCGCCUUCAAUCCACGCGCGUUUCAUUACAUUCGUACAGCCUGUGACUGCCGAUAAACCGAUCGGACCGAUCGACCAAUUCUUUAUCGCCGUUCGAAACGAGCGUUCGACGCUGGAACAACGACGAACACGAAUAUCAGCCGCUAGUGCUAUCCAUCGAUCCCGAGGACAACGACGAUAGACUAUGAAUAAUAGUCAAUCCAAUAUAACGACAACGACUUGCGAGUUGAAAAAUCGCGAUGCGCCGCCAUCGAUAACCCUAUCGUCAGAGGCUGAUGGGAAAGAGUGCCUGUUGUCACCUCGAGGAAGGAUGUCGCAUUCACGGAGACAAAGCAUGUCCUUCACCGCCGUUAUGAACCAUCGAAGAGGUCUUCUCGGCGCGUUGAUUUCAGGUAUAGGCAGCAACAUGUCGCUACCCUCGUGCAUCCCUCAAGACCAAGAGUUUUUACCGGGUCAAACGGGAACGGGGUGCAAAACGCAAUUGUUGUUGAACAAUCGGAAUCAAUCGGGGGAGAAGAACGAGCACGAGGCGCAAAAGCAACGACCCAAUUUUCUCCCACUGGCACCUGUUGGCACGGGUUGCGUGAGCGUCAACACUCUGGAUCCGAUGAAAGCGAAGCAACGGAUGAUGGAAGAGAAAUCAAAGUCAACGGAGAGGAGGAAUUGCCACGCGGAAAUGGUGUCCAUCACGAGCACCCUUUACGCGAAAUUGUUGAUCGUGAUAGGGUUAGCCGUGCCCAUAACGGCCAGCGUGACGGAGAGAGUUCCAGCUUCGUUGAAUCAGGGUUUCUAUUUGUAUCUGUACGUGGUCAGCGUGGCAUUCGUGAUCUCGAUGUACGUAAUCGUAUUAAGAGACAAAGCUGUUUGGAAUGUGAAGCGGAGGAGCGGAGGGGGGAAGGAGCAGGCGUUGAAAUACGACGAGAAGGGGGAUCGCGUAAAUCCUAGUCAGACGCAACAGUACGGGAGCUUUUGUCUGAGACUCGGCGCUGUGGGAUUUGGCGCUGGCUCGUUGGUAUUUACGGGAUUGCAAAUUGGGGCGGAAAUAGCUUCCGGCCCGUUCAGGGCGAUUACACCGGGUGCCAGGCUGCUGCUGGUCACGGCCCAGAUGCAUUUUAUAUUUCUCAACAGUAAAAGUCUCAGCUUGGCCAAGCACACCGCACUUGCCAAGUUAGGUCUGAUGCACAUGAUCGCGACGAAUCUCUGCGAGUGGUUACAGGCGUUGGUCGAGGAAACGCAGCACGAGAUCGAUCAGCUAGGCGACACGCACGACGACGAUGACGGGAUACUGAAAUCGCUUCUGAGGGACGCGAGCCCGUUCCUUUUCCCGUGCACAAUUGAAUUCAGUUUAAUUUGCGCGGUGAUACUGUUCGAGAUGUGGAAGAGGGCGGACGAGAGGAUCGAUGCAAAGAGCGAGACCCCGGCCAGAUCUUCGUAUCAUCUUAGCAUAGAUUGCAGCAGCUCUCACAGAGGUCUCUUCGGCGGGAUAUUGAUCGUUGCGGCGACUAUAUUGAGCUUGAUCAUGUUCUUCGUCCUGAAGGAGACGAAAAUGGAGAUUGCGAUCGUUCAGGUCACCGCGCUCGACGCCACUAUACUCACGUUAGGUAUGAUCGCUUCGAUCGCGGGCACGUUGAAGUUGCAAGCGUUGCAGCAGAAGAUUAUCAAACCAUCGGACUUGGACACCACGCUGUUGGCAGCGGCUCAAGCCGGGGUCUAUCUGCAUUGUCUGUUCGGGGUUGUUGGUGAUAUAUUGACAAUGGGACCGACCUGGGCGUUAUCGUUGAUCACAGAUUUGUUGGCCUUAAUGCAGAGCACCAGCCAGACGUUGCUCAUCAAAAUCGCAUGGGGAAGACGUUGUUCGAGAAACGACAAACCCGGCAAGGAAUUGAUCACAUUCCUAAUAGUCGUCAACAUCGCGUUGUGGACGGUGAACACUCUGGAGAAAUCUCGCGCGGGUGUUCGUCCGGAUCAUCUGCGAUUCUUCGGAGUAUGGGCAUGGACGAUUAUCACUCACGUGUCCAUGCCAUUGGCUAUAUUCUAUCGGUUCCACUCGGCCAUAUGCCUGUUCGAGAUAUGGAAGACUUGCUACAAAUGCAGAUCGAACAGCGUCGUCCAUACCCCCUACUGAAUCACCGAUUAUGAUUCGU